CAUCUUGUACUUCGAGCGAGAGGAUAGGACAGAAAGAAAGAAUAGCUGGGAAAAUAACGUACUGAUUUUGGGAUAUCCAGGAAUGACCGUCAAGUAAAACCGACAGAACGACACUUUUAGGUCUCCAAAUAAUUGAGCUUGCCACCGACAGGUCAAAAAGAAGCUUAACAAGUGCCUCGGAGAAUUCAGACUCACAAGUCAUCUUUUUGCCUCAAAGCGGAGCUCGAGAGGAGGAAGGAACAGUGUCAAAUCGACAGAAAACAGCCCGGCCCUCAAUUACACCAUGAAUCCUGAAUAUGACUACCUGUUCAAACUCCUCCUUAUUGGCGACUCUGGUGUUGGGAAAUCUUGCCUUUUGUUGCGAUUUGCUGACGACACUUACACAGAGAGCUAUAUCAGCACCAUCGGAGUCGACUUCAAAAUCCGCACCAUAGAACUGGAUGGCAAGACCAUCAAGCUGCAGAUUUGGGAUACUGCAGGCCAGGAGCGGUUCCGCACCAUCACCUCCAGCUACUACCGCGGAGCCCACGGCAUCAUUGUCGUCUAUGAUGUCACAGAUCAGGAAUCCUACAACAAUGUGAAGCAGUGGCUCCAGGAAAUCGACCGCUAUGCCAGCGAAAACGUCAACAAGCUGCUGGUUGGGAACAAGUGUGACCUCACCACUAAGAAAGUAGUGGACUACACCACUGCCAAGGAGUUUGCUGAUUCUCUGGCCAUCCCCUUCCUGGAGACCAGCGCCAAGAACGCCACCAAUGUGGAGCAGGCCUUCAUGACCAUGGCGGCCGAGAUCAAGAAGCGCAUGGGGCCCGGCGCCACGGCCGGCGGCGACAAGCCCAACCUGAAGAUCGAGAGCACGCCGGUGCGACAGUCUGGCGGCGGCUGCUGCUAAGUGCGCUCACACACGCCGAACGGACGGACGGGACGGACCUUCUCCCGGAUCCCCCCACCCCACAUCCACAGCCACCCCCCUCUCUCACACACACACACACACACACACAGACACACACACACUCACUCACUCAGCAUCCAGCCAAAAUCCCACCACCCAACAUCGUCCCUCUCCUCCUCUCACUCUCCCACUCCCACUCCAAACAGUGACCCCAGGCCCAGCGUUCCUCAGCACCAUCUCAGCUCACUCCCACCCAGCCUGACCCAGAGUAGCACCGUGUGCCAGGGACAGCUCCCUGGAGCCUACCAACAGCCACCACCCAGGUGCUGUGCUCCGACAGGAAGAGAGAGAGGGAGAGAAAGAGAGAGAAAGAGAGAGGGAG